AUGUCGUCAUACUGGGCUGUUCGUAAGUCUUCCUCUCCAGCGAGUCCUCAGCAUCUCAGAGAGCGCUUUCGUGAGAUGCCCAAGAACAGUCACAUUUACUCAUCCUCCAAUUUGAGACGCUUGAUUCGUGUUCCUAUCGCUCCCGAUUAUGAUGAAGCUUGUAACACUCUUGCCACACAUCCCGAGGAUCAGCCUGAAUUUGGCAAUCGGAGAAAGGUGAGGACCGAGGAGGUCACCUAUGGAACCCCAACUGGUCACAAGAGCCUUCGUUUGGACUUCCUCCAAAGCCAUGAGGAAUCCGACGGCUCUUCUGUGGCAUCAAAAUCAUUCCUCGAACAGGCUAACGAGUCGGGUAGUUACUUAUCGAUAUUAGUGGGCAUGUGCUCCCACAAGCCAUCCAAGUUUUUAGUGAUAAUGUUCCCAUUUCGCUACCGUUUUAUUGAUUUUGAGGAGCCUCCUUUUGAUUAA